UGGUGUUUUUUUAAUUGACUUCGUGCGCUUUACUCGACUCGGGCCUCUCCUUCAAGCACUGAUAAUACUGCUGGUAAUACCACUGAUGAAUGCUAGGAGUGCGGUAGAAAGCGAAUAGAACACCAGUAGGACCAGGACUAGUGUCAGUACUGCUGUAGCUCUACAAUGUAGUGUAAGGAGAUCGCCCAAAGAAUAUCAGAAAUUCUAAGCUUACGGGCUGCUGCGAGAACACCGCGGACUAGAUGUCUUAGGUUAACAUAUAGGUCAUAGGAUGGGCUGGGAAGGGCUGAGAGAGUGUUGGGUGGUGGGGGAGUUCCAUCGGAAGGAACAAGAUAAAGUACAAAUGGCAGCAUCAGUAAGAGUAAGUACAAAGACAAUCGAAUACUCCAAUUGAGUUUGCAACCAAACCAAGUAUUUUUGCAAAGCUAGUUAGCCUUCAACGUUUGAGUUGCUGAAAGAAUGAGAUCACUCCCACCUCCACGAAUAACUCGGAAACGGAGAUGGAGAAGAAUCAAACGGGCAUUGAAAUCAUUAUUCACAAAAGGGUAUAUUCUGGAUCCAGGAGCUUUCCUCUCAGGCGAGAAAGGAGGAAACAAUUCGAUAAGUAAAAUAAGACAGUCCCGGGUUACUUCUCGAGUCCGGAAGGCAAAGUCUCGUCCUACUGAUCUAGGAUUGAGAGAAGGUGCUAAUGCUGGAAUUAGAACGGCCACUUUUAUUGGCAGGGUUGCCAAAAGAGCAUCGAUGCCUAUAUUACGCCCCUUCAAUAGCAGGAGCCUGCUAAAUGUAUCCUUGAGGUUUUAAUAGCUACUCAAUAGAUAAAUGUUCAC